CUUUCUGUUUACGUCAUCACGCACACGGACGUAAGCCUUUUGUCCAAUCAGGUGGAGAGCCUGAAGCUCAGGGAAGAAGCAGAUGAUAUGGCAGCUUUGAGAGCGACCAGGUGGAACUUGUUUUGUUCACACGGAUUAAUCUGAGAUUAUGAGAGCACGUUGAGGCAGAAAGCGAGAUGAUUUAUUUAAUAUUGAUCUCAGCCUUCUCCGGAGCGCUCGUGACGCUGCUGCUCCAGUUCCUGCUGGUCUACCGGAGGAGCCCUGAACCCGCAGGCAGGACGGUGCAGUAUGUCAAAGUAGUGCCUGAUAACGCACUGAAGGAUUACUUUAAUACCCAACAUGCCGAGCCAGGCCAGCAGCAGCAGGACAGCUCAGCAUCUGCUGCAUCCAAGCAGCAAGAGGCCGCCUCGACCCGGCCCCAGGACGUCCCUGUGAGCCCCAAACCACAACCCACACCGCCUCCCCACAGCGAGACCGGGGAGCCGGCCAGACCUGAAACCUGCAAUUUCCUCAAUGCUAUCUUCCUGUUCUUAUUCAGGGAGCUCAGAGACACCCCCUUAGUGAGGCACUGGCUCACCAAGAAGAUCAAGGUGGAGUUUGAGGAGCUGCUGCAGACCAAGACCGCAGGUCGGCUCCUGGAGGGACUCAGUCUCAGGGACAUCUCCCUGGGUCAUUCUCUGCCGGUCUUCAAAACCGUCAAACUUAUGAAGCCGGUGCACAUGAACGAGGAGGGCAUGCCCGAGGAACUCAACUUUGAGGUGGACCUAGAGUACAAUGGCGGCGUCCACCUCGCCAUCGACGUGGAGCUGGUCUUUGGGAAGUCUGCCUACCUGUUCGUGAAGAUGAGGCGCGUCGUGGGGAGGCUCCGGCUGCAGUUCACGCGCAUGCCCUUCUCCCAUUGGUCCUUCUCCUUCCUCGAGGACCCGCUGGUGGAUUUUGAGGCCAAGUCCCAGUUUGAAGGAAGGCCUCUGCCCCAGCUCACCUCCAUCAUAGUGAACCAGCUGAAGAGGGUCAUCAAGAAGAAACACACCUUACCCAACUACAAGAUCAGAUAUAAGCCCUUCUUUCCGUUCCAAGUGCAGCCUCCGCUGGGUCCGGCGUGUGAUCUGGACCUGUCAGUCCAGGACAGCAGGCUGGUGGAAGGCCGACUCAAAGUCACCCUCAUUGAAUGUAGCAGACUGUUCAUCCUGGGCUCGUACGACAGAGAGACCUACGUCCACUGCACCCUGGAGCUGAGCAGCAACCAGUGGAAGGAGAAGACUCGCAGCUCCAUCAAACAGACGGAGGUAAUCAAAGGACCGUGUGGCAGUGUUGGGAUGACCUUCAGGCACGUACCUGCCAGUGAGGGGGAUGCUGUGCACGUCAGCAUUGAGACGGUCACACCCAACUCCCCUGCAGCCCUGGCAGACCUGCAGAGGGGUGAUCGCCUCAUCGCCAUCGGAGGUGUCAAAGUGACAUCCUCGGUUCAAGUGCCAAAACUGUUGAAGCAAGCUGGGGACAGGGUGGUAGUACUCUAUGAGAGACCAGUCCGUCACCAGCAACCAUCUUUUGGGAGUCUGGGAACGCUUCAGGAAGGGUUUGGGCAGCUAGAGGAAACAGGUUUCGUCCCCCACCCAGGAGGUUACGAGGAAGACCCAGCCCCCAUCACCACCCUCUCAGACAUAUCUGACAGUAAAGACAUGGACUCUGAGUUUGAAGAGUUGAUUGUGGACUCCAAACCUGGCCAGACUGGUGGCUCUGUUAGCAGUGGCUCAAACACCAGUGACAUCAAGGACGAUUCCUUACUUACAGUUAACCAAAGCCCCAAAAGGACUGUGGCCAACUUGGCCUCUAAGCCCCUUGGAUCCAUAUCACCCAUCCUCAACCGCAAGUUAAACCUGGUGGGUCUCCAGUCACCACUUAGACCCCAGCCCAAAGAAUCACCAAAGCCCUCACCACAUAAGACUAGUGGUGAUCCAGGGGACGGUCUGCAACGCCCUAAUGUCCCUCCUCCACCCCCUCCCUCUCGCCCCCCUGUGCCACCAAGACCUCAGAUAAGGUUGACAUCGGCCCCAUCAGAGACCAGUCUCUUGGAAGGUGUAGAUUCAGUCUCACUUACAAAUGCUGCAGUAACUUCUACCCUCCCCGCCACCACUGCUUCUGAAAAAUCUCCAGAAAAAACUUCUGUAACUGGAGCCACGGAGGACAAAGCUGGCACGGAGAAAACAUGUGCUAAACAGUCUGAGUCUAGGCAGUCCACCAAGUCAGCAGAGUCCAGUGAUGACCUGCCUGCCCCAUCCACUGUGACCAGCAGCAGCAAGGCCGAUCAAGCAAAGGACAAAGCUUCAGAGAGCUCCUGCAGCACACGGGACAGUUUAGAAGAUCAUUCCCUCUGGGAGUCCCCAGAAACCAUGCAUCGUACCCAGAACUCACGCUGGACAAAGGCCUCUGUGGUGUUUGAGGUGGAGAGCAACCAUAAGUACCUUAAUGUGGCCCUGUGGUGCAAAGAUCCCUUUAAGCUAGGUAGUUUGUUGUGCCUGGGUCAUGUCAGCCUUCAGCUGGACCACUUAGCCCUGGAAUGUAUGGCUACAUCUUCAGCAGAGUACCAGAGCACCUUUAGGUUGGGGCCUCCAGAGCCCAGAGCUAAUGUUAGCCGCACCGCACUCCGCAGUCUCAGUACUCACAAGGGCUUCAAUGAAAAGCUGUGUUAUGGAGACGUUACUCUGAACUUUUGUUACCUUGGUGAAGGCGAGUUUGACUAUCCUGUGGGUUUGGCAGAAAGGGAGCGGGAGGGAAGCCUCCAUGAUGAGGAUCUAAGGGAGAGGGAGAGGGAGCAUAUCUCCCCGGCACCGCGUGAUGAUUUGGUUUAUGGCGCAAUGCAGCUGGUGGAGGUUCGUCACAACUUCCAGGACACCCAGUUCCAGAAUCCUACCUGGUGUGAAUACUGCAAGAAGAAGGUGUGGACCAAGGCAGCCUCUCAGUGUAUGAUCUGCGCCUAUGUGUGCCACAAGAAGUGCCAGGACAAGUGCCUUGCUGAGAAUCCCUUCUGUGUGGCAGCAACUGAACGCCGUGGAGCUGACCCUGAAGCCAAAUCAACCAUAAACCGGGCAACUACAGGCCUAACACGCCACAUCAUCAACACCAGCUCCCGUCUGCUCAACCUCCGCCAAGUGCCCAAGACUCGGCUGGUGGAGCAGGUGGCUGACGUGGUGCCUGGAGUGGUGGAGCCCUCACCCAAACACACCCCCAACACCUCAGACAAUGAGAGCAGUGAUACCGAGACCUACACCAGUGGUGCGAGCCCCUCAAAGCAGCCCGCCAACGCUGGCAGCAGCAGUAAACUUGUGCGUAAGGAAGGCGGGUUGGAUGACAGUGUGUUCAUUGCUGUGAAGGAGAUAGGCCGAGACCUGUACCGGGGGCUGCCCACAGAUGAACGCUCCCAGAAGCUGGAGUUAAUGCUAGACAAGCUGCAGCAGGAAAUAGACCAGGAGCUGGAGCACAAUAAUGCACUGCUGCUGGAGGAGAGGGAGGCGACUGAUGCCCGGCGCAAGGCCCUAAUUAGUACUGCCUUGUCCAAGUCUGGGGAGAGACUCCAAGCCCUCACCCUGCUGAUGAUCCACUACCGUGCAGGCAUUGAGGACCUGGAGUCAGUGGAGAGUACCUCUCCAUCAGAGCCGCAAGGCUUUAAAAGCAAAGCAGAAGGUCCAGAGGAGGAGGCUCUGAUGGGGGCUGAGCUGUAUGACAGUGACAUAUGCAGCCCUGUGGAGGUGCAGCUGUUGGAUGACAUUACGGAGGAGCAGAUCUGUGUGGAGGCUCUCCACUGAAAAGGACCUGAAAGGAGAAAAAGGAGGAACGUGUGCCCUGGGAUUGACCUCCCAGCAAAACAAUGUCCAGUUUGUAUUCUGAGAUCGGGUCAUUUCUGAAGUUCGCUUUAGAUCUGGAGGAUUUGGGGUCCAGUGUUUGACGAUUCACAUGUUUUUGUUGUUUUGUUUGAUUUUAGGUGAAAAAGGGGUAAAGGUGUUUCCUGCAUAAGGAUUCUUGGUAAACCUGUUAUUGGUAUUUUGAUUUGCACAUUGUAACGCUGUUUCCAUGCUCUUGGUUUAAAAGGGAAGCUUGAGAGCCAGACUUUUAUCUGCCCUCAGUAGUGCUGCAUGUUUAUCCUCCAGUUUUUUUUCCUGUGGCUUCAAGAUUUCAUUGUGAGCUUCUAAUUCAGUUUGCUUUCUUGUCUGUAACUGCUUUGCCAUAAGGACUUUGGAUAACGAGCACGUGGCUGAGCUUUAUUCGUCUGAUUUAACUUCUGUGACGGAAAUGCGUUGUUUAAUAUUAUUUUGCUGGAACAAGCCCAUAUGAAGGUGAACGUCUUUUUACAGUGUGAAUAUUACCAGGGAAAGCAGGAUGAGACAUCCACGUUAGUCUGGGAACACUGCUAUUGGUCAUACAUAUCUUUUGCUUUGAGCACUUUUUGUACUGUAAUAAAUUUGGAUUUUAGAAGUGAUUCUACUUUCUCGCAAAGCUCUUUGGGCUUUCAGCAGCUGCAUUAAUAUCAGUGGACCCUCAUGGUUUGCCUCUUCUGUGUUUUAUAUUUCUUUGUAUUGGUUAGGACUCUAUCACCCAUUCUUUGCUUCUUUAUUGCCCCGUCCGCUUUUGCUGAAACACCCUCAUCACGUCUGUUUCCUUCAAACUUUCUUUGAUGCAUUUUGGAAAGGCACACUCUGACUCUUUGGUCUGGGCUCUGGAUGAAUGUUGCACAGCUUGCAGCUAAAUGUUGCGAGCUCAGAUGAUGUUAUGAUUCUCAAAUGUUGAUUUGACUUGUUUAAUGUCGGUGUGUGUAAAGAUGAUUUCAGUGCUUCCAACAGUUCCGUGAUUUAGUGCGCAUCAUUUGGCUUCAUAUUUCUCAGACCCCGAUGAAUGUACGUCCAGCCCUUGCUGUGUUUUGUGCAUAUGCAGCCGAUUGGCACUGCCUUCCCCCCGAUUCCUAGCAUCAUACAUCAAUGUAGCCUGUUACAGUAAGUCUAUCAUAACCAGUUACAGCUCCAAGCUGCUCUGCUCAUCAUCUCUACUAAUACUGCAAAACCUUUCCACGAGGGAAUAUCAUACAUGUGUAUGAAAAGGAAAAAUCUACCCCGAAACGUUGUCAUUGUCUCUUCAGGUAUUGGUGUCAGUCUUCUUCUCUUGCUUUUAUUUGAUAUUUCGACAUGAAGGAAAAUUUGCAGCACAGAUCCAGUUGAUUUAGUUGUGUGAUGCUCCGGCUGUAGAUUGUCUCAUCCAUCAGAACUGUGACAGCCAACAAGCACACGAGGAAAAACUGCAGAGAUGUGGAUUGAAGAAAGUGUGUGUGCAGAGAAAAAACACUGAAACACAGUCCUGAAUCCAGUGAGUGCGAUGGAUCAAUCACUUAGUCGAUAAACUUUACAUUAGUAAAGAAGAAAAGUCAAAUUUGGGAAGUUAUCAUAACUAUCCAAGUGUUAGGGACUUGGUUUUGAUGAUCACAAAACACAUAGUUGGGGCGCUUUAUUUCUGCACACUGAACUGAUGACGGGCGACUCAUAAUGAGGAGGUAAGGUCAGGUGUUUCAGCAUCGUCGUGUCAGUGCAGCCUCCCCGCCCUGAAAUUAAGAAUAGGAUCUUAUAUUAAUGGACUGACGAAACAUUAGGCCUUAAAUCAAACUAAACAAAACCUCUCAGCCUGAUUUGAUUUGUACGUCAUCACAGGAGCACCACACCUUUACAUUUAAGGAGUGUAUGGCUGAUGAGCUCAGACAUACGGCCUUCAGAGCGUCCUGCUGAAGAGGAGAGAUGUACAUGUGAAGAUAAAACAGUUUGUUGUAGGAUCUUGUUGUUUCCUCCGCUUCAUGGACAAAGAGACAUUAUCGUUUGUUCUUGCAGUGCACAAACCAAAGUGUUAGUCAUUUAAACUAAUACAGGAAAAAGAGUUUGUAUUAACGUGAGUGGAGUGGGUAGAUUUUUCCUUUAAUGUCACUUUGCUCCAACAGGAAAGCCGAUGGGAAAAGAGUUGUUGUCACAGACUCGGAGGAAGCGAAGGCACAUAACCUGUUCUGUUUUGUGCAAUAGAUGUGCGGCUCAUGUAGAUAUUGGCUUACUGGCUGCUAAACCCGUCGAUUUUUCUCAUUUCUGUACAUCCAGAUUUUUUGUGCAAUAUUUUUGUAGAAAAUGAAGCUGAUAAUCAAGAAGAGUGAGUCCCGGUGUCUUUGACCUCUCCUCUUUUCUCUCAAAACGUGCAGUCUGUGUGCCCUUAUGUCUGGUGAUAUCCCUGCUGGGUUUUGGGGGACCAAUGAGGACCUGAGUGGAGUUGACCCCUCUUUUGGCCUGAGAAGCACUGCUUUUGCUGCUGUUAUUAUAAUGUGCUCUUCCACAGAACUCAUAAUCACACGCUUCUGCCCCCACCUCUGAAACUGCACUUACAAUAUGACCGCCCACUACAGCUUUCAGCAGGUCCUUUUCUUUUGUGUAUGUGAGGGAUGUUGUACACAGUUUUUCAGAAGGCCCCUGUGAUGAAGCUUUAUUGUACAUAACCUAAAUAAACAAGCUCAAAUGAA